AUGCAUUUCGCACUUCACAAACUCCCACCGACUUCUCAUCCUUCCCAUCGUCUCCUAAGAAGAUAUUACUUAUCGUAUACUUCCCUUCUCUGCUGUUUACAGAUAUACCUCAUAUUUGCCAUAGUCUACCAGGGUCGCCAACUAGGCAUACCAUUCGAUCCAACAUUUGUUUUCCACCUCUUUUUAGCAUGGGUAACAACGGUCGGGGGUAUCGGGCGGUUUAUAGAACACGUUAGUAUCAAGGAUUUUGAGGAGUAUAUGAAGUAUAUGAGGGAAGAGAAGUUGGUGGGUAGAUUUGAUGGCGUUUUUUCGGGUAUUUGGUUAUUGCCGUAUACCAUGAUUCCGUUCGCUUUAUUCGGUGAUUUUAGGUAUAUAGGAUUGACAUGGGGUAUCCCUAUCCCUAUGGUGCUUGGGUACGCCACCUCUCGCUGGCUAUACCGUCGCAUCAAUGCCACGUAUCAUACAGGUGAAUAUGCCAAAUUGGCAACAGAUGAGGAAGACGUGCUGGAUGGUGAUGGGUUACCGGCUUAUGAGGAACAUGAGAGGUCGCCAUCUCCUCCUUUCAUGCCUACCAUUACUACCACCACCGCUACUACUCCUUCUUAA